CGCGCAGGGAGCGGGCAGGCGAGGGACGGUGGGCUCCGGAGCGCGGGGCGGGCGCCCCAUGCGGCACCUGUGGGGUCUGACAGUCCGCAGGCCCUAGUAAGCCAGCACCAUGGGGCAGGGGGGCUGGAAGGGGCUCUGCCUGUCGCUGUUUGACUACAAGACGGAAAAGUAUGUCAUCGCCAAGAACAAGAAGGUUGGCCUGCUCUACCGGCUGCUGCAGCUCUCCAUCCUGCUGUACCUGGUGGUGUGGGUGUUCAUAGUGAAGAAGGGCUACCAAGACACAGAUACUUCCCUGCAGAGUGCUGUCAUCACCAAAGUCAAGGGCGUGGCCUUCACCAACACCUCGGAUCUUGGGGAGCGGCUCUGGGACGUGGCCGACUAUGUCAUCCCACCCCAGGGAGAGGGCGCCUUCUUCGUGGUGACCAACCUGAUCGUGACCCCCAACCAGCGCCAGGACACCUGUGCUGAGAGUGAAGACAUCCCCAAUGCAAAGUGCUCUAAGGACAGUGACUGUCACCCUGGAGAGGCUGUUGUGGCUGGAAAUGGAGUGAAGACCGGCCGCUGCCUGCGGGUGGGGAAUGGGAAGGGCACCUGUGAAGUCUUCGCCUGGUGCCCAGUGGAGACAAAGUCCAAGCCAGAGAAGCUGCUCCUGGGCGAGGCUGAAGAAUUCACCAUUUACAUCAAGAACUCCAUCCGUUUCCCCAAAUUCAACUUCUCCAAGACUAACGUGCUGGACACCAAGAACAGCUCUUUCCUGAAAACCUGUCGCUUUGACCCCAACAACCUUUACUGCCCCAUCUUCCGACUGGGAUCUGUGGUCCGCUGGGCUGGGAGCAGCUUCCAAGAGAUGGCCCUGGAGGGCGGUGUGAUAGGAAUUCACAUUGAAUGGGACUGUGAUCUUGAUAAGGGCUCCUCUGAAUGCAACCCUCACUAUUCUUUUAACCGUUUGGACAGCAAAUUUGGAGAAAAGUCGAUCUCCUCGGGGUACAACUUCAGGUUUGCCAAAUAUUACCGAGACACAGCUGGGGCGGAGUUCCGCACCCUGAUGAAAGCCUAUGGGAUCCGCUUCGAUGUGAUGGUGAAUGGCAAGGCGGGGAAGUUCAGCAUCAUCCCCACUGUCAUCAACGUGGGCUCUGGGGUGGCGCUCAUGGGGGCUGGUGCUUUCUUCUGUGACCUGGUACUCAUCUACUUCAUCAAAAAGAGUCACUUUUACCGCGGCAAGAAGUACGAGGAAGUGAGGGGCCAAGAGGUCCCCGCCCAGCUGGCGGAGUCUCCGCGGCAGGGCGGGGCCUGGGAGGAUGAGGACGCGGCGGGGCCAGGCCCAGGCCCAGGACCGCGGGGCCUUGAGCAGAGUCCGCAAGCGGAGUCCGAGGGGCAGCGGCCGGGGCCGCUGGAGCGGGCCGAGGCGCAGGAUGGAGGAGGCGGCCCGAAGGGGGACGGCUGCGUGUGCCGGCAGGUCCUCGGGGGCUGCGCCCAGCCCUCCAGGUCUAGCCACCUGGAGGAUACAAAGGCCAACGUGGAGCAGCUGCAGACCCUGCAGACAGUGGAGACGUAGCCAGAGGUGUUGGCUGAGAGCAGAUUCGGUGAAGACAUUGGGGGUAUGAGAGCCCACAGCUCUGAGAUGGGCAAAGGAAUCUUCGUGCCUGCAUGGGACAGGGGCUUCCAGGCCCAGCCUUCUGCAGGAACCUUGGGAUCUUGCUACAAGCUUUUUGUUGUGUGAGCAGAGGAGCCUCCUAGUGGCCACAGAGGCUCAAAUCUACAAGAGUUGGCUCUGCCCAGAGAGGAGGGCAGGCCAGGGUCUGGGUAGUUUUACUUUUUUCUGAGAAUUUGGUUGGAUAUUCAUUCAUACGUGCAGCGAACAUUUAUUUGAUUCCUGCUCUGGGCUGGGCCCUAUCCAAGAGAAUCUUAAAUGAGAUGCUGGCCAGACCCUCAGGGAGGGAAAAACACGUGUAAUUUCCUCCAAAGACAACAGACAUGUCACAGCCAGGCCCAGCUACUCUGGCCUUCCUCCAGCCUCUAGCUGAGAAUUUAGAAAUCCCUGUGGAGAAUGAUGGCUCUUCAGAGAAAGCCCUUGGCCAACAUCCAAGGGGACAUUUGGUCCUGCCCCAAGGAGGCAACCAGGGAAGAAGUCUGGAGGCAGCUGGCUCUUGAGGGGGAGAGACAAACUCCACGGCUUCAAGGUCACAUAGGGAGGGGAGGCAGGGAGGCCUCUGCUCCAUCUGACCCACCCGGCCAGGGGAAGCACUGGACAUACUGUCUUGUCCCGAGGAGAGCUGCAUUUACCUGUGUGGUUUGGCUCUUGCUGCUCUGUGGGGCUGGGUGUCCCUGACCUGCUUCCCACCCUCUCUCCUCAAAGGCUUGGUCUGAAGGGUUAACGAAGGGCUAAUGAGAUAAUGGAUGGGGAAGUGCUCACUGGGCCAGUGUACACAGUUGUUAGGGCAGCCACACUGUAGAUAGAAAAUGGUGCUUCCUCUCACCCCUGCCCCUUUUCCCCAUGAUGUUCCUACCUUGCCCCUACCCUGCAGAACUCUGUUGCUUCCCACCAACAGCGGCUAUAAAGCCUUGCUACUCAAAGUGCAGACCAUGGACCAGCAGCACUGGCAUCACCUGGCAGCUGGUUAAAAACGCAGUCUUAGGCCCCUCCUUACCAAACCAGUCGCUCUGGAGCUGACUCUGACUCAGGGCGACCCCAUGUGUGCCAAAGCAGAACUGUGCUCCAUAGGGUUUUCAAUGACUGAUUUUUUGGACGUAGAUCUCCAGGCCUUUCUUCUGAGGCACCUCUGGGUGGACUGGAACCUCUAACCUUUGGAUUAGCAGUUGAGCGCAUUAACUGUACCACCAGGAGACUCCUAGACUUACUAACCAAAGCCUGCAUUUUAACAGGAUUCCCAGGUGAUUUGUGUGCAUAUUAGUUUGAGAAGCCCUGGUUCCGAGGAAAGAAAAGGCCAGCUUUGGUGGCUGGAACCAGCUUCUAGGUCAGACUCACACACAUGCUACCCUGCGACCAAGAGCUCCCCUACCCAGGGAAUGUGGUGUUAAGCUCAGUUUAUGUAAAUUAAAAUGUUUUACCAGGUAGUAUUUGUAUGAUUCAAAAUUCAAAAGAUACAGAAGAAUAGACAAGCGAAAAGCUGGCCUCCCACCCCCGUUCCCUGGAGGCACCAAGUGUUACCAGUCCCAGGAGGUGCCCUUACUUUGCGGAGAACCCACCUGGUGACCCGCUCACUUACUCAGGCAAUGAACCUGCAUGUAGGCCAAGUCUCCUGUCAGAGACACACACAGUGAAAUAUGCCUACACACCGGGCUUUGGAGCCAGGCUAGCUCACAUUUCCUUAUCCCACUGUAUCUGACGGAGCGAGAAACCUAGAACUCAUCACUCGCUGUUGUCUGAACCACUCGGCGGGAAAGUCUCAGGUGCUGCCUGACUCAGCAAGGCUCAGGUGCUGUGUCUGGGCUGCUGCCUGGAACUAGGGAAGGGAGUAUCCUCUCAGGAAGGGCUUCCCUUUGUCAGAAGAGCCUGGUUCUUCUCGGCACACAGAAGGGUCGUCAGAAUCUGUCUGGCAGAAAGUCCCUGGCAAGGCUACCACUGGGGCAAAGGGGCACUGUCUCCAGAACAGGAACCCUUCUAGAGCAGGCAGCUGCCUCACCUCGGGUUGUGUGGUAACCUGUCAACAAGCCCAACCUGUUCUCUUGAGUAGAAAGUGAAGUCCGCAUGAUCCACUUGGGGUUUAACUUCCUCACUAAACUAAACCCUGGGUUUUAUAACUUAGCAUGUGACUUUUGUGUGUGGGAGGAAAUAAAAAGGACAGGGGUCAUUUCUGAGUCCUGGCUGCUUAGAAGUUGGUCUGUUUCUCUUAACCUGUCUUUGGAAUUGCUUGGCAGCAGCCAUGUAAUUUGGGGACAAUCACAUUAUUUGUUUUAUGUUGGAAUGGAAAUGUUUUUCUAGUUAUCUGUUCAGUCCUUUGGUAAAUAUUUAUCGCAUACUUACUGUGUGCCAGGUGUUGGACUAAAUGCCGGUGGUACAGGGUGAGCAACACAGACAUGGCCCCUGUCCCGUCUGGUGGGGAGUUGAACCUCAAUUGAACAUAACACAUAUAAUCACAAACUCAAUAGGGUGCUUUGAGGGUUUUCAACAAGGAGUAGGGGUACCCAGAGAAGGUUUCCCCAAGGAAGUGACAUACAAAUUGAAACCUGAAAGAUUAGCAGCAGUUAAAGCUAUGGGGGGAAGCAUUCCAGGUAAGGGAACCGCACGUGUAAAGGAAUGCCUUGACUUGGGAAGGAGCAAUCAAGGAACUAUAUAUGGAGGCCGGUGUGACUGGAGCUCAGAUGGAGAGGGAGAGUAGUAGGUGGUGUCUGGAAGGGUUACGGAAGUAUCCCUCCCCUAAUUCAUGUCACCUGUUAUCCAUACUGGUUUUCUGGGGCUUUCUUUUAAUCAAGUUGACUUGCCUUAAUUGUCAGGCUUGCCCCAUUCUACACUACUAUCAUAGAGGACUUAUCCAGCCUUAUUGUUUCUUCAAGUGUAGCAAAGCCUCCCCUAUUACAUUUCAGGGACCCAUGAUCAGAAAGGCCAGUGGUGCCCUCACAGCUCUGGAUGGUGUCACACACUCUGCCAAGGUUGCCUUGCUUUAUGCAAAGCCCAAGCCCACCCCCCCCUUUUUUUUUGCAUAAUCUUGGUACAUGAGUGGGAGGCUCGUUAAUCUUGUAGAAACUGGCUUUUUAAAUAGGGAGAAGUGUAGUGGAACUUGAGCUCCUUUCAAACUUGGGAAAGCCCCGUUCCCUGAGGGCACUGGUUGCCUCAUCAGGAACAUGAGCCCACAGGCUUCUCAAGAGCUCUCUUCCAUUCUGAUAUUUGUCAAUCACAUUCAGGCGCUAGCCUAAACCCCAAAAACCCACCCACCUACUAUUUCCCCAACAAUUGAGUUAUCCCAUGCCUUGGGUACCAUGAUGCUGGUCAACGGGAAAUUUGUGAAUUGGGUGCUAUCAAUGUAGUAUCCCAGGGACCAGCUAUUAAAAAGCAAAGCACCCUUUACUUCUGGUGCAGGGGUCAUCAGGACUGCUUAGUCACGGCUGCCUUUUUAUGCACCCCCUUCCAAUUAGUUGUACUUUAGUGGCUGGCUGCCCCACUGGGGAGCCAGCUAUAAAAGGGGACUGUGAUAACCUCCAGCUGUCUUUAAGUACCCAGCUAAGGACUACAGUGCCCCAGAGUCUCUAAAUCACCCUACAUGGAAUGGCACCUUGCAUGUUUGGCAAAGAGCUCCCCUUGGUUUCCCUUCCCCCACCGCGGUGAUGCUGCUUUCCUCAGUGCACACCAUCCCGUGAACCCAGGGCGGCUCUCUCUCUAAAAGACUUCACUUUGUCAGCUGUUUCCCCUGGGCCAGUACACAGAACUAAGGGGGGAAGAUGGCAAACAUUUUCUGGGACCUGCCCAAUGUACGUAUUCUCUCAGACAUUCUAAUUGGUUAUAGAAAUAAUAAAAGCUGUGAAUUUUAAACGUGUCCUGAUUUCUCUCCCUUCAUGCCUGAACUUUCAUGGUCACCUGUGUUCCGGGGAAAAGCACAAGCAGAAAUCGAGACCAAAAGAGACACUAGAAACAAUUAGUAAGCAAUAUAUUAGGUUCCUUGUUAUCUUGCAAAGAAAUUCAAAUGAAAGUUAAGGAAGCAUUUAAUUUUACUCUUUAAAUGAGAAAACAUUAAAAUUAAAGGUGAAAUGACACUGAUACUGGUACUUUUCAUUCAGCGUGCAUCUGAUAAAAACUCUGGAAAGCAUCUGGUAUCAAGUUUUUACCUUCUGCCCUGGGAGCUUACUAAACUCUCUCAAAACAAUAUUGACAUAAAGACAUUGACUGUAAUGUUUUCUCUAAUAGGGAACACCUCAGAGGCCCAGCAGUAGGGGGAUAAUGAAGUAAAUCAAUGGCUCACUUGUCCCCUAUCUUUCCCCCUCCUCCUUCUCUGCAUCAGGGAGGCACCCUCUUUUCCUACUCAGACAAGGCCCUGAGAAAGAAUACGGGGAGGCUGGGGUACGCAAACCAUGAAAUGUCAGGAUCUUCAGUGUGCAGGGAAAGGGUUCAGAAGUCACUGGGAAGGGAGGCAAAGCUGUGCCUCAGCUUCUUGGCCUGUGUGCAAGUAUGUGGCCCAGAACCCAAAAUAGAAUUCAGGAGAUCUGGCCUGGAUCCCAGAUCUAUCUACAUUAUUGGCCACGGGCCACCUGCUGUGUGUAAAAGGGGGCUUGGAUUUAAGCUUUGAGUCCACUUCUGAUCUAAAGCAAAUUCUUGUUUAAAAAUCCAAAUCUGAUCACACUGCUCCUGAAUAAAAUUCCCAAAGGCUUCUCUUCACUGCUCAUAGGAUCAAGGCCAAACUCCCUCAUGGCCCUCCAUGAUCUACCCAGGUCUACCUCACGGCCUCUUCAGUUAUUCUUUUACUUUCCAGAUACAGGCCAAGCUCCUUCCUGCCCAAUGGCCCUCACUCUCUUUCCUGCAAAUAACCCCUUCCCCAUACAUUAAAACAUUACUUGGCUGUUAUUUAACGUUCAGCCUUAAAUGAAUGCUACUGCCUCAAGGAAGCCUUCCCUGACACCCAUUCCCCAAUCUGGGCUUGGUGUGGGGAGUGUAUGUACGCUCUUCAUAGCAUUUCCUGUAUUUUACAUAUUUGUGAUUAGGUGAUGCUGGUCUCCCAGUUAUAUAUAUAUUCCACGAGCAACUUCUACUUCCUUACUGUAACUCUAAUGCAAUAAUAUUUAUUUCUUGAUUAAACAAAUGAGUUUUAUUUUAAGAUAGCCCUCCAGACAAGAAGGGACCAUGGAUUGGUAUAUACACAGAGGCAAUUACACUCUAAUAAAGCCCAGAAUUUUGCUUAAAUGUCCAGUCUUCGUUUAAUCUUCACCAGGAAUAUUAUAGAAAAAUAAGCUUGCAAUUUAUUUUUUCUUAUGACUAGGUGAAAUGGAACUGAAAUGAUACCAUUCGUACCUGGAAGCAGUGGUGGCCAAUAGAGCAAGCGCGAUUAAGAGACCUGCAUCUGAAUCCUGGCUCUGCUUUUUCCUACCUGUGCCUUCUCAAGCAGAGGUAUUUAACCUCUCUGAGCCUCCGGUUCCAUGGGGGUAACAAUUACAUCAACUCCAUAAGGUUACUGAGAGAAUUCAAUGAGACAGUGGGUUUAAAGUACAAGGCACAGUGCCUGGCAUAUAGGGAAUACUCACUAUUAAAUGUUAUUAUUUCUUA